GCUGAUUUGACUGUGCCGCUGCAUUGCUUCUGGCACUGACUUCUGGUUCGUGAGGCAAGAAUUCAUGCAAAGAACAAGGCCCGUAUCAGAAGAUUUAUUUAAAUCUAUCCACACCGCGUUGGUGGAUACUCACUUUGCUAAAUACCUCCAACUGCUUGACUGUGUUACCGAUCGCCAACAUGAGGCUUUACAUUCCCAGAGCCCCAACGCUCUCGCUCUGCGCCUCACUUGCGCAUACGGUCCUUGGAGAACCGCUCCCUAACCCUACAGGCGAGUACAACGUCGGUGCCCAGCGUUUCGUCGUCCCAUUCUUGGAACAAAAUGAUGUCGUGUGGCCGGAUGGUGUUUCGACUGAGUACCUCGUCACGCUGUACUAUCCUACAGAAGACGACAAGCCUUGCCCAAAGCCGUACCUCGAGCCCGAGCUUGUCAAACUCUACACCGAUUUGUGGAACUACAACAUCUCUCACCUGACGUCGACGCUAAGAUGGAAUGCGACUUAUCUGAAUGAAGCAAGCGGCCCAACGCUUCUUUUCGGACCUGGCGGUUGGGGUGUACCGACCGAUGGUGACUACAUCAUCAUCUCUGAUCUAGUCUCACAUGGAUACGUCGUUGCGGCAUUUGAUCACGUUUACGAGCAGCCUUUUGUGCGGUACCCCAACGGCACGGGUGUCUACGGACUGCCCCCCAAUUUCAGCAACUACACCCUUGAUUGGGUGGAGGGCUUGCAUGCCGUCAGGGUCAGACAGCAGCUGCACUUCAUCAACUACUUCCCCUCGCUCGUGUCAAAGCUUGAAGCUACCUUCAAGACCACAGAUUUCGGCACCUUUGGAGUAUCGUUAGGAGGCUCUGCAGCUCUCACCGUAGCUCUCGAGAGCGAUGCGGUAGCCGCCGCUAUCAACGUCGACGGUGCCAACUGGGGUCGAUUGAACAGCACAUCCGACUCGGAUCUCAAGAAACCCUCGAUGAUUCUCGGCUUUCAGGGCCACAAUGCGAACUCGGACCGCACCUGGAACAACUACCGAGCCUGGCAGACUGGCUGGUGGCGUCUGUUCUCGGUGGAUGGAAGCUUGCAUCCGGACUGGUCCGACCUGGGGUUCUGGAAGAUUUUCGGCACGACACGUACACAGGGACCAAUUGAUGGAAGAAGAAUGGUCCACAUCUCAAGGACGUUCAUCCGUGCCUUCUUUGACGAUGUCUUGCGCCAUGUCAACCAGCCUCUUUUGGAUGGCCCUUCUGAAAACUUCCCUGAAGUGCAUUGGGAGGAAAUUCACAAUGGAGAAUGAAUAAAAUGACUUUCUGGACUGUUAAGAUUGAUAUGUCAUAUAUCCACUGAGGUUUUGCACAGAAAAAAAUACCGAUGGUCAGCAAAUGCCAUGAUUAUUUCUUCUACCGCUUGCCGCCAUGAGCGCGAACGUUGUCAUACAUACAUAGCCAUUCAGCUUUGCUUCUGGGCACUAUUUUCUCCUAAAAAUACUUUGAUGGCCA